AGCCGGCAAUCCAAGCUUGCUUUUCUCGCCGGCAGCCAUAUUAACAACAAGACAAAGAAUUUGGUCCCGACUAAAUCUGCGAAUAAACCAGGAAUUUUUGGUGCCAGCCAACUGCUUAUUGAUUCAGAAUGUGAGGUCUGACCCUCACGAAGAGUUCAUUUUUUUCAGCAAGAAACCCUGUUCAAGAUGGGUACAUCAGAAAAGUUCUGUUUACGCUGGAACGAUUUCGAAACGAACAUUAGCGUUGCGUUCCGGGAAUUACGUGAAGAGAAAGACUUUUUUGACGUAACUCUAGCAUGUGAUGAUUCAUCUCAGAUUCAGGCCCACAAGGUAAUUCUCUCAGCUUGCAGUCCGUUCUUCAGAAAUGUUCUCCGCAAGAACCCUCAUCAGCAUCCACUACUUUAUCUCAAGGGUGUUAAAUACAAGGAGAUGCUUUCAGUUUUAAACUUUAUGUACAUGGGUGAGGUGAAUGUUGCCCAAGAAGAGCUUAACUCGUUCCUAGCCGUAGCGGAGGAUCUCCGUGUGAAAGGUCUCACUCAAAACAAUGCUGAAUCUGGUGAUAAGACGAAGGCAGAAUCCAAGUCCAACUCCAACAGGAAUCGAGAGCCUCCUGAACGAGAACCAGGACCACCGCCCAAGCGCGCCCGACCAGUACCUUCAGCACCUUCCACACCUGCUCCGACAAACAACCGACCUUCCUCAUAUGAAGAUGACGACAUUCAGGAAGUUGUUCCAGUUAAAUCUGAACCUAGAGACGUGACCACACCUUCCACAGCCAUGACCACAUCAUCGAACAACGACUACCAGGACUCAAGUUUAGUAGAACCUGGUCAAGGUCAGGUUGCUCUAGAGGACUCCUAUCAGGAUGACAGCUACGAUUACGGAAACUAUGAAGAAGGCUAUGAUGAUGGAAGCGGAAUGAUCGACCCGAACACUGGAAUGCCGAUUGCUGCAGGAGCUGAUGGAAACAAAGUUGAAACUUCCUGGCUUCCCAUCUGGAUCAACGGAUAUCUCCUCUGUAGGAAGGGGUGCGGUAGUAAGUUUAAGAAUCCUGCACCCCUGGUCCGUCAUGAAACCGUGUGCUCAUGUCCUGAAGACCCCCUGGGUCUAUCGAAACUAUCUGUGAAGUCCCUGACAAAGUUAACUGGAAGAGGAAGACCAUAUGGUUGCCGUCGUCGAACAGGUUUUAGGUCUGCUGGUUUACUACAGAAACGUUCUGAUUCUCCGAAUAAACCAAUCAGUAUUGCUCCUAAAAAAGUUCCUUUGCCACGACUGAUUUCCAGGCCCAAAAUGGAAGCUGAUUCUAAUGACGAGGACAGUUUGACGGAGGAAGAUCCUCUCUUUAAGUCUGAGCCCCACGAAAGUUGAAUUCUUAAUGAAAAUGUCAGUUUAAUACAAACAUUACGCGGCAGCUGAUGGCUUGUGUAUAAUAUAAUUCUCAAUAAAACAUUAAAUUUUAUUA